CGUUACUAUGUAACAUUUUAUGGUUCAUGUCCGCUGUCAGAAACCUCAAAUCAAGUAAACAAAACAUACGGCCUCCGUGUUUAUGAGGAUUUCACAAGCCUGUGUAUUGUAUUUAAUUUCAAACACUUCCAUUGACUACACACCUCCAGUAACCCAUACAAAUCUAGCGGUGAUCUAUCGUUCUCACACACACAAUCACAAACUUAUAAUUUAAAGUAAAGGAGGAUUUAAAUACACAAUUUACCAUUUCAACUAGUCCUGAAGUCACAUUAAGGUCGUCACUAUCAUCCAAAACAACAGAGGAAGUCAUUACGUAUCGCAGUUAAAUUAACACGACCUGAUAAGCCCAUAGAUUUGCAAUGUUCGUGGAGCACAGAAGAGUUCAACUAGCGUUGUUCGUUACAAACGUUCUGUUUGGCCGAGCAUUUUCAGACAGCUGUGUUCGCUCAAUACUCCCAUCUCAAAUAACAUGUUUAGCGACGACCUGGACAACACUUGAAAGACACCAACAACUUCGUACAACCUACAAGCAACUUUCAGACAACCCCUAUACACCUAAGGAUUCGUCCUUCCCUCAAGACAAGCAGCAUCCCUUUCGGCUGGCAUAAAUGGUCGACAAAAAAAAAAAAAAAAGCAAUGGAGCGCGUACAUACGAGCACCAGGAGAACUGGCCACAUUUCUAAAUGUAAGAAAAUAGCACUACCUAAGGUGAAUGGCUAUGGCUUGCAGCUGGCGAUCCAGAGGCGCACUUCACAGAAACAGUUGGACUUCCGUCUGGGUAAAGACCUGCCUAGCCACAACAGAGAGCCCACCCAGGAUAACUUGAGAAGCUGCCUUCCACGGACUGAGGGGAGGCUGAUGAGCACUGGCAGACCCCCACUGAGUCCCAAGCUGGCAUACGCCAGUGAGUUCAUUGUUCAAGAGAGGGCCGCCCCCCAGGCAUCGAGAUCCCCCUGCCUAGGAUCAUCUGGAGAUGCCUCAGCUCAGAGCUUCAGGUCCAGAGAUCGGCAGGUGUCUCACAGUGCAGGCACCAGCCCCUCCAACAGCAAUGGAGCCGCCAUCAACUCUGCCAAUGAGCAUUUUGUGAAAAGCCUGUUUAAGCCGGGGACCCCUGUCUUUUUACGCUCCCCUGAGGACAGCGCAGCCAACCCUGACCGGCUGGAUCUGGACAGGAGGAAUUUGCUCGUCUGCCCCCUGCUGGAGGGAGAGGAGAAUUUGCGACUGCUCAACUUCCAGCACAACCUAAUCUCUGAGAUCCAGCACCUCUCUCACCUGAGGUGGCUCAUCUUCCUCGACCUGUAUGACAACCACAUCACUGAGAUCUCUGGGCUGUCCGCACUCACCAGCCUGCGCGUCCUCAUGCUGGGCACCAACAGAAUCUCAAGGAUUUCUGGUCUGGAGAGCCUCUCCAAACUGGAUGUCCUGGAUCUUCAUGGAAACCAGAUCUAUAAAAUGGAGAACCUGUCUCACCUAUUGGAGCUACGAGUGCUGAACCUGGCUGGAAAUAACAUUGUGUGUGUGGAGGAGCUGAAAGGACUGAACUCAUUGAUUGAACUCAACCUCCGACGCAACCACAUCACAACUGUGAGAGAUGUCGAUUGUCUGCCCUCCCUCCAGCGCCUCUUUCUCAGCUGCAACACCAUCACCAAUUUUGAAGACAUCGCCUGCCUCUCCGGUUCUCCGUCCCUCACUGAGGUCUCCCUGGAUGAGAAUCCCAUAGCUCAGGAGUCAUGGUACAAGCAGACUGCCCUGCGCUACAUGGUGCACCUACGACAGCUGGACAUGAAAAGAAUCACGGACGAAGAACGCCGUAUGGCAUCAGUCAUAGCAAGAAAGGAGGAAGAGAAGAAGAAGGAGGGACACAAGCAAGCCAUUCAAAAGGAGAAGCGGCGGCUUGCAAUUCAGAAUGCAGCCUCACAGUGGGAGACUCUAAUUCAGAAGCGCAGCAGCACUGGAAGGAGCUGUCUGGAGCUCCCUGCUCAGAAUGGCAGUAAGGAGCAGGUCAGUCCUGUCAAUGGGACUCCCACUGAACUCUUCACAGAGGAGCCCAGGAGGUUGAGUCCAGCAGGCAGUGCAGAGAGGUUACCUGGGGGGAGAGAGGGCAGCGAGAGACGGCCCCGAGCCCCAAGCAGACCCAGCAGCCCCCGGGAUGCCAGGUCCUCAGAGGGGGCGGGGGGCCCCAGUAUGCAAUGCCUAUCCGUGUCGGACUCUCACCUGGCGGAGCUGGACGGUGAAACACUAAGGCUGUUUGGUCUUGUGGCUCUGGAGGCACUGGAGCGAGGCUGGGGGGUGCAGACUGUGGGCGCAGUGACCGCCAUCGCCUUCCGCUACAUCGACUACGACGCCAUCGUGCCCACCCUGCCUCGCAUACGCGUCAAGUUCCCCAAUGUAACGCACCUGAUCUUCUCCGAGACCAAUGUCCACCGGCUGCCCCAGCUGGCCGCUCUGGCUCAGGUCCGGCGGCUCGACCAGCUGACUGUCCACCCUGAGGGCAACCCGGUGGUCAGCUUGGCACUCUGGAGGUCCUUCGCCAUCUUCCGGCUCAGCCACUUCAACCUGCAGAGGAUCAACGGGGAGGAGGUCACCAUGAAUGACGUGAUAAUGGCAGAAAGGCUGUUUGGAACUCUGGCUCACAUCGCUGCUGCUGAAACUCCACACUAUCGCCUGCUCCUGCUGCUGGGAGAAUCCAGGAAGCAUCAGCUGCAGUUCCUGCUGGAGGGACGGGGGCGACAGACGGGCAUGAGCCCUGUGGAGCUCCGGGAGAACAGGAAGCUGCUGGGAGAGGGGCUGGGCCGAGCCAUCUUCAACUACCCCAGCAGAAACGGGGACACGGACAGGAGCGAGAACACUCCUCACGCUGGCCAGGAGAGGGCGCAGGUGAGCCGGUGCUAUGUGCAGGGACUGGUGAGGGAAGCAGCAAGCACCAACCUGAAAGGAGAAGCUCUUCACAAGCUCUGGUCAUCACUGUUCAUGGAGCUGGUCCGAGACAGUGUGGUGGAAAUGAGAGACCGAUCAGCCUUCCGCAGAGACUGCCUUCAGAGGAUCUCAGAGUCCAAAUAACACCCAGCUGCUCCUCACACCACAUCCAGCACACUUCUCACACCACACCCAGCACGCUUCUCACACCACACCCAGCCUCCUCACACCACACCCAGCACGCUCCUCACACCACACCCAGCACGCUCCUCACAC